AUGGAGAGCAUGGACAGAUCUAAGGGAGGGAGAAACAUCGAUGUUAUUCAAGGAAGAAAUGUUACAAAUGAUAUGGUUAGACACCAAUCAGAUACUCAAAGAACCUCAUCCACCAAAAGGUCAAAAGGAUCCUUAUCCACCAACUUAAACCAAAAAAUAAUUGAAGCUUCUUCCCUUCGAAGAUUUACCUUUAAUGAUCUGAAGUUGGCAACCAGAAAUUUUGAGUCUAAGAAUGUUCUUGGUGAGGGAGGGUUUGGAACUGUGUUGAAAGGUUGGGUCAAUGAGCAUGGAAACUUUGUAGCACGACCUAGAAUGGGAAUUCCAGUAAUAGUGAAGACUCUUAACCCAAAUGGAUUUCAGGGUCACAAGGAAUGGCUUACUGAAAUAAAUUAUCUUAGUGAGCUCCAUCAUCCAAAUCUGGUUAGAUUGAUUGGCUAUUGCAUCAAGGAUGACAAAAGGUUGCUAGUAUAUGAGUAUAUGUGUCGAGCAAGCUUAGACAAACAUUUGUUCAAGAGAACUAAGCACCUUACAUGGCCUAUCAGAAUUAAGAUUGCAAUUGGUGCUGCUAAUGCCCUUGCAUUUUUGCAUGAGGAAGUUUCAAGGCCGGUAAUAUUUCGAGAUUUCAAGACAUCUAAUGUCCUAUUGGAUAAGGACUACAAUGCAAAACUUUCUGACUUUGGGCUUGCGCAAGAUGCUCCAGUGGGAGAUAAAAGUCACGUUUCCACUGAAGUAAUGGGAACACAAGGUUAUGCAGCCCCUGAGUAUGUGAUGACAGGUUAG